AUGCCUGACACGUCAAUUGAGAAAUACAACCACGUCCCAGUCACCAAGGAGGAUCUUGACUGGGCUGAGCUCAUUACCCUCGAUUUUAGCCUUUAUGAAAAGCCCGGUGGAAAGGAGCAGCUGAUCGAGCAGCUAGACCACGCAGUACAACACGUUGGUUUCUUCUACGUGAAGAAUUUUAACAUCAGUCAGGAGGAGGUCGACUUUCAAUUCGCUUUGGGACGGGAAUUCUACGCACUGCCCUUGGAGGAGAAGCUCCAGUUCCACAACGCUGAUGACCUUGCGAGAGGCGAGUACAACGGAUAUAGGCCUGCUGGACACCGUAUCCUGGGAAAUGGCAUCAGGGACAACGUGCAGGUGUACAACAUUCCCAAAUUUGACGGUUAUCAUCCACGGGGACAGCCAGAUGUCUUGAAGAAUCAUAUCGCAGAAAUCGAAGCCUUCAGUCGGAAAUGCCAUACAGAGGUCGUCGAAAAACUGCUUCGCCUCUUUGCCAUUCUCCUCGAGCUUCCGGACGAAGAUCAACUGGUUCGCGACCACCAGUACAACAUACGAGGCGAAGACCACUUGCGAUACAUGCACUAUGCGGCUCGCAGCGCCGAGGAGAACAAAAAGGUCGGGGAACUUUAUUCCCCGGGUCACACCGAUCUAGGAACCAUAACACUGCUAUUUCGCCAGCCUGUUGCCGCCCUGCAAAUCUUGAAUUCGGAGGGCCAAUGGAAAUGGGUGCGCCCGCAGGAUGGAACUAUCACGAUAAAUACCUGCGAUGCCCUAACUGCGCUCACAGGCGGGUUUAUCAAGUCCAGUGUCCAUCGCGUGCAUGCACCACCACAGGAUCAAGCGCAUAUAGAUCGCCUGGGGGUGUUGUAUUUUGCUCGGUUGGCUUUCCCCGUUCAUGAAUACUCAGGUAUAGGGCAUGGAUGGACUGACAAGGUGUACAGACCAAACAACGAAGUCGUCUUAGACCCCAUCCAGAACAGCCCAGUCCUCAACCGUCUUGGCCUGACUAAGAAUGCCUUCACUGAACUCGGCCAACACCUCACGACGCAGGAAUGGGUCAAGGUCCGACAGACGCAGCAGCAGCGACCCAAUCGCGAGGUGAAAAUCACGCAAGAUGGGAAGUACGCUUACAAACCCAAGGAUCUUGAGAUCAUUCCCGGUCUGCAGGCAACUGUUUAUAACUAG